GUGGCCGUUUGGAAUAGAGCUGAAGUGGAUGAUUCGGAGAAUACAACGAGAGAGCAGAGGGACUGGGAUGAUAUCAUCCCGGAAGAGGAACGCAAGCGAGUAGAAGAAGAGGAACGUGAGAAGGCUGAAAAGGAUUUAUUUCUUGGACCAAGGCAAAGAACUAAGAUUCCUCAACAAAUGGCUGAUGAAGAUGACGAAAGCGAUGAAGGUGCGGGUGGUGGUGCUGGAGGGAAGAAGCGCAGAAAACAUCGUCAAUCGGACGGCGAAGAUGACGAUUCCGAAGACGAUAAACGGAGACGUGGAGGUGGUUCGAAUGCUAGUAGAAAGAAGUUGCUAUUCGGUUUUACGGAUGUCGAAAUUAGAAAAUUUGUGAAAAGUUUCCGCAAAUUUGCAAAUCCAUUAACAAGGUGUGUGUACUUUUUAUUGCACUUGAUUCAUUUGUGA